UACUGGCUAGUGUGCCGUCCACCCGCUCUUUUCAAUGGAGGAGCGUGGCGCCGCCUGCAAUGAAUGCCCACGGUGGCCGGCAGAGGUCGCUACCAUACGGGUGGGUGCAGACUGCGCGUGUCGUCUGCUUCGCACAUCAGUUUCGCAGCGGUUGCAUCGGUUUCCAUGUUUGCGUUCUCAGUGUUAUUACAGUGCUGCGUGUUUGUUCUUGGUGUUAUCAAAGAGUGAGUGUGUCGCUGCUGUGUUUGUGUGCCUGUGUUUGUGUGCCUGUGAAAAGAUGCCGAAGCUAAAGAGACAGUGCAAGGAGAGGACCUGCUUUGUGCCGUUGUGUAAAAGCGGUUACCGCUCGAACACAGAGCGUGUAUCCUUGUUCACUGCACCAUCUGAUGUGAAGCGGCUAGCAGAAUGGGCAAGAAUGAUCAAGAGAACAGACAGAAGACUAACACCAACUGCUGUGGUUUGCGAAAAACAUUUCGAAAGCAGUUUAAUCGAGCGCGCGUUCUCUGUCACCGUGAACGGCGUCGUCCACGAGAUUCCCCGCGAUAAACCGCGCCUGAAACCCGACGCCGUACCCACGAUAUUUCCUGAGUAUCCUAAGCACCUUGUGCCUAAAGUGCCAGUAAAAAGAAAAACAAGAAAUCUGUGCGAGCAAGAUCUAAAGCUUCCAUCAAAGCGGCGCAAGCGCGGUGAGUCAGCUGCCUCUGAGCUGUGCUCAGCCAUUGAGGGAGCGGAAACAGAGAGUCUCGAAGGUGUCCACCAGAAUGCUGCUGUACCUGAAGAGUGCAUCCCACGCAGUAGCUUUGAAGCAGCAAGCGCGCAAAAUGAUGGAGCUCAGUGCCUGCAAAACACUACUGAAAGUCGCCAUCCGUUCAGCGACCUCUCUAUUCCUGUCGCGUGGAUGAAAGUGCCAUCUCUGCCAGCAGAAUCAGUAGCUUACGCUUAUUGUGAAGCCGAAAUAAAUAACUUCGCCACCCUUUUCAUUGAGAAAAUGGUAUUGUUCGAAAAGCCUUUGCCUGAGCGACAGUCAGUAGUAGCCACGGUUUACUUGAGAGGGAGAGAGAAAUCAAAACAAGUCCUCACAACUCGUGAUGAGGCCGAAUCCCUGAUCAAGAACGUUUCCUUGACAGUUCUUUGUGGUGGAUGCGGCCUAAAGCCUGCUUCAAAGAAGCACACUUCCUACAGAGACAUGUAUUUUGCGGAAAAAUGCUUGUUAUCUACGAAGUCUGGAGGGGAUCCUGCGUUUUCUGCAAGUACCAAAGAGUUCUAG